AUGAAUAUUGAUUUAACCCAUCCAGAAAUUUUAACUAUUGAACAAUUAAAAAAAUAUUUAAUAAAAUUUGUUGGGCCGGAUGUAACAAAUGAUAAAUAUGAAUUGAUUCAAUUGUUCUAUAAGUAUAUUGCACCAUUACCACAACGAAAAUUUCGUACAAAUCGUUUGGGGACAAUAUUAACACAAAAUCAAAGACAAUUCGGAGGAGAAAAACGACCAUUAUCAUCUGAUAUACAAAAUGGUGAUAAAAUAUCCAAAUCUAAAUCACAGCCACCAAUCGAUGGAUUAAAUGACCAACCACAAGGUGAAAAACAUGAAUCAGAUCGUGGUAUUUAUACAAUAACAAUGCAAAAAUCCGCAAAUAAAAAUACUGCUCCAAUUAAAUUAAAAAGACCAACAUCGACUACAACUGAACCAAUAGCAACUAGCGAUGAAGAAACAACGAAACGAAUAAAAUUAGAUGAUACAAAUGCUUGA